CAGAGGUGUCACGGGGACGGGUUGUUGUCCGCUAGGGUUUCGUCUUCAAAUGACAGUGGUCAGACAUGCUGGGAACAGUCGUAAUUUUUCUUACCUGUGGGUUACUGCAAGUGUUUUCAGAAAACCUGAGUAUAUGGGUUGAUUCGUCAUCUGGUCAAACGACGAACAGAUACUCGUUUUCUACAACAGCAAUGAGCUGGGAAGCAGCGUACACAAGCUGCUAUACCAAAGGUGGAAGAUUGGUGACUGAUAACUCAAACGUGUGGGACCACAUGGUGUACAAUAGACGAUACUGGGUUGGAGCAGUCGAAACAUUUUCGCCUUGGACAUGGACAGGUGAUAACACGACACUGUUCCGGCACACCGAAGAUCUGGACGCGUCCACGUUCGCCAAUACAUCGCACAAGACAAUAGCGAAGAACAACGCGUUUUCGUGUUAUCACCAGUGUAAAACAAGAAGAAUAGGUUUACGGGGCAAACAAUGCUACUGCUCUGUGCCAAGGUUUGCCACUGACAGCUCUAUUAGAAGGACAAUGUCAGGUGUCCGGGGACGUAUCAGGAAUUCUGUGGAAGUGAACACACUCUCUCUAUAUAUGAACUGGCCCUUCCUGAAUCUGUGGUAUUCGUUCACAACGACGCAGAAACGGAGAUGUGUGGAUACGUGAAAUACAACCAAGGCAUUCAGUUAUCAUUUAAAGACUGCGUCAAAUCGACGGCCCAUCGCGUGUGUGCAAAAGACCAGUUUAGUUCUAUCAGACGUAAGACAUGUCGUGCCAAUAUCUGUAUAUCCAAAAAGUCGCGGCAGAAACGCACAUGGCAAAAUGCAGAUAAGGCAUGCGGAAGCCAACUGUCAAAGUUAACAGACAAUUCGGUGAAGUCGCUGGAAAAGCUUCUACUUGGAAAACAAGAAAACUAUUGGAUUGGUCUUCGGAGACAAAGGGAAUGGCGAUGGAUUGAUGGCUCACUGGAUUCAACGAUAAAACCGAACACCAAUCGUCACGACUGUCUUGUGUGGUUUAGAAAUGAAUCAUAUUGGUACAGUAUCGUGGAAUGCACGUCCUACUAUUAUACCGCGUGUGAACAUUACAAAGUCACAACCACAACAACAACAACACAAACCUCUACAACGUCUACAACCACGACAUCACCAACACCUAGAACUGCAUCGAGUUCCACCACUUGGAAUAUUUCUGAAAUGACGUCUACAAGUGAUUCAACAAUGACACCAAAAGUCACCAAGAGCAGACGAACGAACACCUUCCAGCCGAAUGACAAUUCUUCAGCUGAUGAUUCCGUUGAAAUUGGAGUUUCAAUCGGAAUCAUAGCAGUAAUAGUUUUAAUCGCUGUUGUAGCUGUUGUUUGGAUUAAACGAAGGAAGGCAUUGUGUUUCAAAGACAAGAAACUCCUUGGUUCCGGUGUUCGCAUAAAAUCUGACACAACGUCACCGCGAAUCUCAAACCAAAACGACAACCCCAUCUAUUGUGUUGCUUCGUCACCAUUAUCAGAAUACGAGUUUGAGGAGGCAUGUAAAACUGAAAAAGCAGCAAAGGUCAAGAACGAGUCAGCUGGCCACGUGAUCUAUGAAAUUGAGAAUGACGUCAAUUAUGAAGUAUUGCAGACGGAUGAAAUAGCUGCUGCUUCAGAGCCUAAAGAUGAAAUAUAUGAAAUGGCAAAUGAUGAUGGCAUUCCUCAGGACAGGAGAGCUGACGAUAAAGGAUCCACGGAUCGGAUCACAGAAGGCAGAUACAAGGGCUUAUCAACCAUACCUCAACGUACGAUUAGCGCCAGCAGUGGUUCCGUGUACGAUCAUUUAGAAGAUGACCUCAAAUCUGACAAUCGUAUUCACGAUGCCCCUGGAGAUCACAAGACUUCAACAGCCAAUAAAGACAUUUAUAACCAUAUAGAUUCUAAAGGCAGCGGUGGCGACACUUAUGAUACAGCAGACACCGUUGCAACGUCAAACAUUGUUGGUGAUGAGUAUAGUCAUGUAGGGAAGACCUUCGAUGUCCCUGCUGGUCACAUGACUUCAGCAGCUUCUGCAGACGUUUAUAACCACAUAGAUUCGAAAGGCAGUGGCGCCGAUACUUAUGAUUCAACAGACAGUAUUGUGACGUCACACUUUUCUGAUGACGAUUACAACCAUAUAGAGAAAGCACCUGAUGACACGUAUUACAAUGUUGGUGAUGUCAAGGACGUUGGGGAUGACGUAGAAGAUCGCGAAGGCGAAAGCGAAUAUGCUAACUACAGGUUUCCCCAUAAGUGACAUAACAUGCGUGACUGAAACUAGUCAAUUUGAUGGCUAUGGGGCUGGACGGUGCCCACUGGUAAAGCGCUCGCUUGAUGCGUGGUCGGUCUGUGAUCGAUCCUCGUCAGUGGACCCACUGGGCUAUUUCUCGUUCCAGCCAGUGCACCACGACUGGUGUA